UCGAACUUCGAGCGACAACUUUGCUUGCGCAGCUGCUCAGUCGGUUUUAGUUCUGUUGGAGUAAAGCAGCAACGUUCGCCAGUGGAACGUCAAUACAGAAAUUUGUAGAGUCAAAAUAUACCAAAAUGUCCAACUUAAAGCGUUUCGAUGACGAGGAGCGUGAGUCCAAAUAUGGACGCGUCUUCGCAGUAUCUGGACCUGUCGUUACGGCCGAAUGCAUGUCCGGCUCUGCUAUGUACGAGCUGGUGCGUGUGGGCUACUAUGAGCUGGUGGGCGAGAUCAUUCGUCUGGAGGGCGACAUGGCCACCAUUCAGGUGUACGAAGAAACCUCCGGCGUCACAGUCGGUGAUCCCGUGCUGCGCACUGGCAAACCCCUGUCCGUCGAGCUGGGUCCCGGCAUUAUGGGCAGCAUUUUUGACGGUAUCCAGCGUCCGCUGAAGGACAUUCACGAGCUCACCGAGUCCAUCUAUAUACCCAAGGGUGUUAAUGUGCCAGCGCUGUCCCGUGUGGCCAGCUGGGAAUUCAAUCCCCUGAAUGUCAAGGUCGGCUCACACAUCACCGGCGGUGAUCUGUACGGUCUGGUGCACGAGAACACCUUGGUCAAGCACAAGAUGAUCGUGAACCCACGCGCUAAGGGCACCGUGCGCUACAUUGCCCCCUCUGGCAACUACAAAGUCGACGAUGUCGUGCUGGAGACCGAGUUCGAUGGCGAGAUCACCAAGCACACUAUGUUGCAAGUCUGGCCUGUGCGUCAGCCCCGUCCCGUUACCGAGAAGCUGCCCGCCAACCAUCCCCUAUUGACCGGCCAGCGUGUGCUCGAUUCCCUGUUCCCCUGCGUCCAAGGCGGCACCACAGCCAUUCCCGGUGCUUUCGGUUGCGGCAAGACUGUCAUCUCACAGGCUCUGUCCAAGUACUCCAACUCCGAUGUCAUCGUCUACGUCGGUUGCGGCGAGCGUGGUAACGAGAUGUCUGAGGUAUUGCGUGAUUUCCCCGAGCUGUCUGUUGAAAUCGACGGCGUCACCGAGUCCAUCAUGAAGCGUACCGCGCUGGUGGCCAACACCUCCAACAUGCCUGUCGCUGCUCGUGAGGCUUCCAUUUACACUGGCAUCACGCUCUCCGAAUACUUCCGUGAUAUGGGUUACAAUGUGUCUAUGAUGGCUGAUUCCACCUCUCGUUGGGCUGAGGCUCUGCGUGAAAUUUCUGGUCGUCUGGCUGAGAUGCCUGCCGAUUCUGGCUAUCCCGCCUAUCUGGGUGCGCGUCUCGCCUCCUUCUACGAGCGUGCCGGUCGUGUCAAGUGCUUGGGUAAUCCCGAGCGUGAGGGCUCCGUGUCCAUUGUCGGCGCUGUCUCGCCACCUGGUGGUGAUUUCUCCGAUCCCGUUACUUCCGCCACUCUGGGUAUCGUGCAGGUGUUCUGGGGUCUGGACAAGAAGCUGGCCCAGCGCAAACAUUUCCCCUCGAUCAAUUGGCUCAUCUCGUACUCCAAAUACAUGCGUGCCCUCGAUGAUUUCUAUGACAAGAACUUCCCCGAGUUUGUGCCGCUGCGUACCAAGGUCAAGGAGAUCCUGCAGGAGGAGGAGGAUCUGUCCGAAAUCGUGCAGCUGGUCGGCAAGGCAUCGCUGGCCGAGACCGACAAGAUCACCCUGGAAGUGGCCAAGCUGCUCAAGGAUGAUUUCUUGCAACAGAACUCGUACUCCUCAUACGAUCGUUUCUGCCCCUUCUACAAGACCGUCGGCAUGCUAAAGAACAUCAUCGACUUCUACGAUCUGGCCCGCCACUCUGUCGAGUCGACGGCCCAGUCCGAGAACAAGAUCACCUGGAACGUUAUACGCGAGGCUAUGGGCAACAUUAUGUACCAAUUGUCGUCCAUGAAAUUCAAGGAUCCCGUCAAGGAUGGUGAGGCCAAGAUCAAGGCUGACUUCGAGCAGCUGCAUGAGGAUUUGCAGCAGGCCUUCAGGAAUCUGGAGGAUUAGAGCGUGUUGUCCGUACUUUUACAACCUAAUCUUAUAUUGUUAUGUAGUUAACUUUUAAAACAAAAAAAAUAUUGCGUACAGUCAGUACAGAGUACCGUCAAAACAACAAUUCCGUGCAACAACAAAAGAUUCCAAGCGUCCACAAAACUAUUGUUAACAUUCCUGAAAUAUAUUUUAUUAUUAUUAUUUUUUUUUUUGAUGUAGUCGGAAAGAAGAAUACACACAUUCCGGCCUGCGGUUGCGACUUCUUUACCCGCCUGUCGGCUGCCCCCGGCUGACAAACAGCCAGAACAACAAUAA